AUGCCUAACCUCGCCUCCCUUGUCACCGGCGCGGAGCUGACCGCCACUAGGCCUCAAACGCCAUCCCAAGCCUUCUACAAAAAAUAUGCCACCGCGGUCACUGCCAAAAAUUUGAGCGGCGGAGACAUCCCCCAGUUCUAUGCCGAUAAUGCUCUUUCUCACAACCAGAAUGGUCAACUUUUUGCUCAGUUCGAGAAGCUCUCAAACGACUUUGUGAAAAUUUGGGAGACACAGAACGACGACGGGACAGUUGGCCUAGUGUCUCAUGUCUUCCGCUACAUCUGGGCUGCCGGCAACGAAAGCGACAAACCCACCGUAAACGUCCCUCUAUCGAUGGUCUGCAAAAUCAGUUCCAACAACGCACGAGGGACGGUGGACGGCCUACAAUUUAAAGAGGUCUGGCUCUAUUGGAAUACCUACAAGCUCCUGCCUUAAUUCUCGGAGGACUCGAUAUUGUUAAGCUCGAAGAACAUUUUCGAUGAUAAAUGAAUGGUUGUCCCGAGGAAGCCACAAGUGCAGAGGGGUUGAUGACCAUAUUUGAAUGUGGUGCGAUGCUGUUGAAGAUGGAAUAACCCCCCGGGGUUGUUAGCCCUGCCCUGCUAGAUAGAUGUCUUCUUCUACAGCCUACCAUGUAUGUAGUGUCUAACUAUAAUAUGUUCUUCC